ACGCCCAUGACGCGGCUGCCUUCAGUCCGGUGAAAGACGCCAUUUUGUCGUUAGCGGUGACGAGGAGAACAGGGAUAUUGUUGGAAAGCAGCACUGAAAAGAUCUUCCACCAUGGGGAACAUGUUUGCAGGCCUCUUUAAGAAUCUCUUCGGGAAGAAAGAGAUGCGAAUCCUGAUGGUGGGUUUGGAUGCUGCUGGCAAAACCACCAUCCUGUACAAACUCAAACUGGGCGAGAUCGUCACCACCAUCCCCACUAUCGGUUUUAACGUAGAGACAGUAGAAUACAAAAACAUUAGCUUCACGGUUUGGGACGUCGGCGGUCAGGACAAGAUCCGGCCGCUGUGGAGGCACUACUUCCAGAACACACAAGGUCUGAUCUUCGUGGUGGACAGUAACGACAGGGAGCGAGUGAACGAGGCGAGAGAGGAGCUGACAAGGAUGCUGGCUGAAGAUGAGCUCAGAGAUGCCGUGUUGCUUGUUUUUGCCAACAAACAGGAUCUGCCUAACGCUAUGAACGCAGCAGAGAUCACAGACAAACUGGGUCUGCACUCACUGCGGCACCGCAACUGGUAUAUCCAGGCCACAUGCGCUACCAGCGGAGACGGGCUCUACGAAGGCCUCGACUGGCUCUCCAACCAGCUGAAAAACGCUAAAUGAUCCAUUCCACUCACCUCUCUGUGCUGUGUGUGUGUGUGUGUGAUGUGCGUGUGUGUGUGUGUGUGUGUGCAAUGAGAAUGGCGGCACUGGAUUUAGUCUCUCGGUCACUCACUUUAUCCAUCCUUUUCUUUUGUUUGGUUCUGUAGACUUUAGAGGCUCUCCCCAGUGCUGACUUGUGUACACACACAUACCAGAAUGGAAGUGUGUGUGUGUGAGAGAAGUGAGAGUGGGAGCAGCCCUGCUGUGCCUUUGGAUGCACAUGCUCUCCUCGUACAGCUCGCUUCUCUCUCUCUCUCCCUCCCUUUCUCUCUCUCUCUCUCUCUCUCUUUCUCUUUCUUUGUCUCUCUGUUUCUUCAUAUCCCACAUCUCCCCGGUUUUCACGAAGCAAAGAAUGACCCAGGAUGCUGAAUGUUUUAUUGACCUCUACACACAGAAUAAAGUAGUAUAUUGAAAAAAAAAAAAUCUUGAUUUCCAUCCUCUGAUGAUAAAAAAACAGUCACGCAUGUCUAAGAUGUUACGAGUCUCUGUCACGGUUUUUUGCCCCACUUAUGAUGAAACUCAUUGUAACCUGCAUCAGGUUGGGAGAAAAAAAAAAAAAAAGCAAGAAAAAGACAAUAAAAUAACGUUAUCCAUCCUAGAUCCUUCUUUGCUUUAUUUUAGAAACGAGGCUCAUGAGGUUGCCAUGAACAUUGCUGUUUCCUGAGGCAUAUUGAGGCCUGACUAGCGUCCUAAAAAAACACCCAGUGUUUUUGACUGAAGUACACGGUCGUCAGUUCUAGAUAACAGGAAGUUAAAGCGGUUGAAAUAUUUCACCUCGUGUUCUAAUGUAGCUAACAGUAAGUGAUAAAAGCAUGAUUUCCAUUUAGUCCUAAUUAGUGACAUGGCAGCAUUUUUUUUUUCUUUUCUUUUUCUUUUUUACUGAACUCGUGCUUUAAAGUGUCAACAUUUGUUCAGCAGCUGUUUUUGAGCCCGAGCGGAGACCUCUGAAGGAGCAGCGAGGCUGUUUUAAAGCUGCUCCCACUCUUGAUUUUCAUCCUUUUCCUUAUUAUUUUUUUUUUAAUUAGAUAAUUAGAUUGUACCCCAUCUUCAGCCUUGCGAAAGUCAAAGCAUCCAUCUUUUUAAACGCUGCAGAACGAUAAUCUGUAACUGAUCAUAAAACGUGUGAAGAGUGCUGGAUCCGACGGUAUAAAAGCAGAUCGGGGGACGUCGUCUUUACAUCCGUGCAAAUUCGCCUCGCCGUGUCCGUGUAACCGGUUUAAUCCACUCGCUCUCUGCUUUUACACACUCAUCUUUUUCCCCACCCUCUUCUUUCAUUUGUCUCGGGUUAUCACUUAUCAGCCCCUUUGGAAAAAAAAUAAAUACAAUAAAACGCAUCAUACGUCUUAGCCAGCGACCGACGAUAUUUGACAAACUGACAGAUUAUUUUCUUUUUAUCUCUGUUCCAAAGGCUUUUGCAAACGUUACAUUGCUUUCGAUAUAAACCAACAACCCAAAGGUCUCAGCGGGUGAACGUGCCCCCCCUCAUCAGAUCCACGACUGGAUGUUUUUGUCCAGAUAUUUCACUUUUUCAUUUCUGCUUUCUUUUUCUUUUAAACAACACACCAAAACUAAUCAGUUUCCAAAAAGUCUACUAGCUUUUUUUUUUUUUUUUUUUUUUUUGGGCCUUUUAUUAAAACGAUCUUGUCUUGUAGAUCUACUGUAGUGGAUGACGUUAUACUGAUUUCUUUGAACGAUGCAUCAUCUGUCUGGAGAGUAAAUAAAAUGUGUAAGAAAAUGUAUUUUAGCUAGCCUCUUCAUUUAGCUACCCUAUGUUCUGACGUGAAGCUUUAAUUUGAAGAGUUUAUGUUGAGAAAAAAAACGCAAAAAUAAAGUGUGCAUAUGGUUGUUGUUUUUUUUUUUCUUCUUCUUCUUCUUCUUUUCUUAGAUUUUCCUUUCUCUUUUUUUGUUUCUAGCUUUUUUAACCCAUCUUGUAACAUCUGAGAAAUGCACUAUAAUAAAGAGAUCUCUAUUACAAAA